AUGCCUUCCGAAAAGUCUCAGUAUAUACCACCACCACCUAUACCUACAUACGAUGAAGCGACCGGUGGUUAUCCUGGAUCUUCUCGCCCGGACUGGCCCCCGCCUUCUUCGCCCAUAGAUACAAGACCCGAUAAUGAAACCGAAGCGCAAUCCCUCCUUUCUUCACGUACCAGGCAGGCCGACUCGUCGAGACGUGCGCCCCAAGGGUACCGACCUCCGUAUGUAGAAUCUGAUGACGAAGGGUCGCAAUGGACCCUUGACGAUGAUGAGAGUGAGGACGGCGAAGACGCGCAGGUUCGGCGCGAAAUGCAGGAGCUGGAAGUUGAGGACCCGUUAGGCGAAUCGAGUUCAAGAUCAUCAUCUUCUUCAUGGAGGAAACGGAUAGCAUCCUCAUUACCGCAAUGGAAAUGGCGAUGGCGGCUCCCUAGAUUUACUGUUCGAUUACCUCGUCAGAGCGAUGCCGCAAAUGAUGCAGAUACGGAAUCUAGCGAGACUAGGACAAGAUUCAGGUUGCCGAGUAUCAACAGCGCUGCUGCUAUACUUCUGGUCGGUAGGUUGCUUGCGGUUUUCCUCAUCCUAGGUUUCCUGUACCUCUUAUUCAUGAGUGACAUUUUCACGAACAUGACGAGGCGCAUCGGCGGCCACAUGUUCGACCCUGAAGCUGUUCGUCAAUACGUACAGGGCGAAGUUAACUCGGACAUGCUGAGAAAUACGUUAAAGCACUUCACGGGCUACGCGCACAUCGCGGGGACUGAAGGUGACUACGCGCUUGCGAUGGACGUGCGGAAUGAUUUCAUAAAAUAUGGCCUGGAGGAAGUUACAGUAGACGACUACUAUGUAUAUCUGAAUUAUCCGAAAGCCGGCGGCAGAGCUGUCGAAAUAAUGUCCGAGGAUGGCAAGGAAGCUAAGUGGAAAGCUGCCCUUGAAGAGGAGGAAGUCGUUGAAAAGACGGCGGGCCGCCAGACGUUUGUGUUUCACGGCCAUUCUAAAGCAGGUGACGUGAGAGGACCACUAAUAUAUGCCAACUAUGGGUCGAGAGAGGAUUUCAAGAGGCUUUCUGAUAAGGGUGUUGACACCAAGGGCGCAAUUGCACUUGUACGCUAUUACGGUACACAGGGUGAUCGGGCCCUAAAGGUUAAGGCCGCCGAGAUGGCCGGAUUUGCCGGAUGCAUCAUAUACAGCGACCCGGCGGAAGACGGCUUCUUAAAGGGGGAGCCAGCACCUCUUGGACGAUAUAUGCCUCCGGAUGGUGUUCAGCGAGGAGCAGUUAGCCUGAUGAGUUGGGUGGUGGGAGACGUACUCACACCUGGUUGGGGGAGCAAGAAAGGCCUUCCACGAAUGAAGACGGAGCAGACGGCUGGUCUCGUCAAGAUCCCGAGUCUUCCCCUCGCCUGGCGUGAUGCCCAGGUGCUUCUACAACAUAUUCAGGGCUUUGGCGAACCGUGCCCAGACGACUGGCGGGGUGGUAUACCGGAAGUUGAGUGGUGGACGGGGAACUCCUCGUCGCCGGUUGUGCGAUUGAAGAAUGAACAAGAUGAAGAAGAGCAACAAGAGAUAUGGAAUGUCUAUGGUAAAAUUGUUGGCGUCGAACAGAACGAAAAAUCCAUCAUUAUCGGUAAUCAUCGCGAUGCCUGGGCUUUUGGUGCAACCGAUCCAAAUUCGGGUACGGCUGUUAUGCUCGAGGUUGCGCGCAUCUUUGGCGAUCUUCUAGCUAGGGGCUGGCGACCGCUUCGUACGAUCGAGUUUAUGAGUUGGGACGCCGAAGAAUAUAACCUGAUCGGCAGCACCGAAUUUGUUGAACAGAACAUGGAGACUCUCCAGAAGAAUGCCUUCGCAUAUAUCAACCUUGACACUGCAGUUUCGGGCCAGGAGUUCCAUGCCGCCGCAUCUCCGAUGUUCCGUAAAGUUCUUUAUAAGGUGAUUGACAGAGUCUUCGACCCCAUCCUAAAUGCUACGCUUCGCGCGUUAUGGGAUGGGCGUAAUGGGGAGCUUGAAGGACUUGGUGCUGGCAGUGACUACGUGGCAUUCCAGGACAUGGCGGGUACUAGCUCUAUCGAUAUUCGAUUCGAUGGGGCCGCUCAUCCUUACCAUUCUUCGUACGAUAACUUUGACUGGAUGGACCGUGUUGGAGAUCAAGGGUUCAUAUACCACAACCUGCUUAGCCAAGUUCUUGGGCUUCUUAUUCUAGAGCUAUCUGACAAGCCGAUAUUACCCUUUGAUAUGGGUAAUUAUGCGCUCGCUCUCGGCCGAUAUCUAGGCGAUCUAUGGCAAUGGGCUGAAGAUAAAGGUGUCAACGGACAUUUCAAUCUGGAACCCGUCAAGAACGCAGUCCAGGAGGUUGAAAAGGCUGUUUCUCAAUUCGAGAAAUGGGAGACGGACUGGCAACAAAGCGUAGUGGCGUCAAACGGCUGGGAGCCAGUAGGGUUAACCCAACGGAGAGGCGACUACAAUAGCCGCAUGGCGAACUUCGAGACUGGGUUACUAGACUUAGAGUUUGGCGGUGGAAUUCCAAACCGAACUCAGUUCAAGCACGUUGUCUUCGGACCGCAAUUGUGGUCCGGGUAUGACGAGGCCUACUUCCCAGCUAUUCGGGAUGCCGUCGACGCGGAAGAUUGGCCGUUAGUCCAAAAUAUUAUCGACAAAACUGCUCGUAUCAUAAGGGAUGCCGCCAAGGGGCUAAUAGAAUAA